CGAGAGGCAGGCGGCGGAUUUCCGGUUCCGGGAGCAGCGAACGGCCGCGGAGACGACAGCUACUGCUUACGAGAAGACUACUUCGGAGGAGGAAGAGGAAUUAGGGCAGGCGGGACGCGCAGACGGGACCCUCACCAUGGGUCCUCAGGCCUAGGGCGGCGGAAGCUACCAGCCUGGUGCCAAGCUGGCUGCUACUACAUUUGGAAGCCUCCAUGGCUGAAGACUGGCUGGACUGCCCAGCCCUGGGCCCUGGCUGGAAACGUCGUGAGGUCUAUCGCAAGUCAGGGGUCACCUGUGGACGUUCAGACACCUAUUACCAGAGCCCCACAGGAGACAGGAUCCGAAGCAAAGUUGAGCUGACUCGAUACCUGGGCCCUGCAUGUGACCUCACCCUCUUCGACUUCAAACAAGGCAUCUUGUGCUAUCCAACCCCCAAGGUCCAAUCUGUGGCUGUCCCCAGCAAGAAGCGGAAAAAGCCUGCAAGAUCCGCCAAAACUCGGAAACGUCAGGUUGCACCCCAGAGGACUGAGGUCAGGAAGGAGAGAAAGGAGAGGAAAGAGACCCAAGAGGAUGAGACCAAGGCUGAUACUGACACAAUCCCAGCUUCAUUCCCUGCACCUGGGUGCUGUGAGAACUGUGGAAUCAGCUUCUCAGGGGAUGGUUCUGGAAGGCAGCGGCUCAAGACAUUGUGCAAAGACUGCCGAGCACAGAGAAUUGCCUUCAAUCGCGAGCAGAGAAUGUUUAAGCGUGUGGGCUGUGGAGAGUGCACAGCCUGUCGGGUAACUGAAGACUGUGGGGCCUGCUCCACCUGCCUCCUGCAGCUACCCCAUGAUGUGGCCUCAGGGCUGUUCUGCAAGUGUGAGAGGAGACGCUGCCUCCGGAUUGUGCAGAGGAGCCGAGGGUGUGGAGUGUGCCGGGGCUGUCAGACCCAAGAGGACUGUGGCCAUUGCCGAGUCUGCCUUCGCCCUCCCCGCCCUGGUCUCAGGCGCCAGUGGAGGUGUGUGCAGCGGCGCUGCCUUCGGGGUAAACGUAGAUGCCACAGGGGAGGCCGUGACUCCAAGAUGACUGCCCGACGACACUCUCGAGCUCAGCCAGUGCCUAUUCUUCCCACACUGCAGCCUCCAGAACCCCCAGAGCCCAUGGAGCUGCACAACAACUCCCCGGUGCCCUCACCUCCUGCUGAGUUCAUCUAUUACUGUGUAGACGAGGACGAGCUACAGCCCUACACGAACCGCCGGCAGAACCGCAAGUGCGGGGCCUGUGCAGCCUGCCUACGGCGGAUGGACUGUGGCCGCUGCGACUUCUGCUGCGACAAGCCCAAAUUCGGGGGCAGCAACCAGAAGCGCCAGAAGUGUCGUUGGCGCCAAUGCCUGCAGUUUGCCAUGAAGCGGCUGCUGCCCAGUAUUGGGUCAGAGUCCGAGGAGGGGGCAGGAUCACCUCUACUUCACCCUCGUCGAAAGAGACCAGGUUCUGUUCAACGGCCCCACCUGGCCCCCACCCUGAAGCCCCCUUUGGCUACUCGCACAGCCCGACUAGGCCGUGCUCAGCCUCCAAUGAAACAGGAAGCAGGUGCUAGCUUUGUACUACCCCCUCCUGGCACUGACCUUGUGUUUUUACGGGAGGGUGCCAGCAGUCCUGUGCAGGUGCCUGGCCCUGCUACAGCUUCCACAGAAGCCCCAUUGCAGGAAGCCCAGUGCUCUGGCCUGAGUUGGGUUGUGGCCUUACCUCAGGUAAAGCAAGAGAAAGCAGAUGCCCAGGAAGAGUGGACAUCGGAUAUAGCUGUCCUGACUUCUCCCACAUUGCAACCUGGCUGCCCUAGCAAGGCAAUAGACCUGUGCCUGCCACCAGUGAAGCAAGAGCCACCUGACCCUGAGGAGGGAAAGGAGGAGAACAAGGAUGGCUGUGUCUCCGAAUCGGCCCCAGAGGAGGAGGUGGCAGGAGGGCCUGGCACGCCCGUGAUCACGGAGAUUUUCAGCCUGGGUGGAACCCGCUUCCGGGACACAGCAGUCUGGUUGCCAAGGUCCAAGGACCUUAAAAAACCUGGAGCUAGAAAGCAGUAGACUGGAGGCUUCUGCAGACUGUAGGACUCAAGGUGAUACAUGCAGACCGGCUUUGUGAGAGACAACCCUGAUCUACCAGGGGCUGGAAGGGGCUAGACUGGUUGCAGGGCUUGUAUGUGGAUCAACUGUAGGAGGAAAACCUACCAGCAAACCCAAGGAGCAGGCCUACUUCCUACUUGGAGCUUAGAGGAAACAAGCCCCAAAGGAGGAGAAAGUCAGGGGAGAAAGUUGAUGCAUCUGCUCCCGGGUCUGAGGAUGAUGAGAAGUUGGGUGUUAGGGGUGGGGGAGCUGGGAUGAGGAAGGGAAUGUAAUUAAAGCCACCACAAAGAACCUAAACAAGUCAUCUUCAUAAACAAUUUUAAGUGGCUUCUGGAUGAGACAGCAGUGUCUCUAAACAUUUUCUCAGGGAGACAGCAAUUGAAAAUGCAAUGUGAAUAAAUGAAAAAAGGAAAGGAACCGCUGUUUGGUGAACUCCUCCUAUGGACCCAUUUAUUUAAUCCUCAAAACAGUCUAAGAAGACAUCGAUUUUGUGCACUUCUGCCAAUGAGAAAAUUGAGAUUCAAAAGAUAUGAACUUACACAUUGUCAAAAUCUAGUGUUGCUAGAACCUAGAAUUAUACCCAGGCUGUAAAACUUUGUUCUUCAAGCCACUAAACUGUUAACUGCAAUCCUAUGUGCAAUAAUGUGUAAUACUGCAGUAAUAGUUUCCAGUGACAAUGAAGAUAUAGUGGAUUGCUAUUAAUACUAUAAUAAAUCCUUUACACUCCUGCCUUUAGCAUGGUUUAGGGAGUUCUAAGGCUCUAUUAUGUGGACAGGAUGAUCUUUUCAGAGCACCUGUUCAUCCAGAAUCUGGGUUAUCCAUAGGCCCUGGAUGCUGCAUAGGAUUCUUCAAACCCUAAAGGGUGUCCCUUCCCAUUGGCUACUGUCUAUUUAGUUGUUACCCUAACUGCCCCUCCUCAGUCAGAGCAUUCUUUGGAACUAAAGCUGCCAGCCUGGCUCAUCUUUCCUGACACUGUACAUCUGCCCUCUGAUGACCUUUGUGCUUGGUUCCUGUCCUUGGCCCAAAUGUCUUCCAGGAGGCUGAAUUCCUGCUUUGAAUUCUGCCCAAGGGUCAGCCUGGCUCAGCCUUACCUCACUCUAAUGCUUCAUCCAUGAAAUGCCAAAAAGAUUUGAUAUAUAAUUUGUUACUUAGUUUUACAUGGCCAGGACUCAGGGAGUGCCUCCCUUGCCUACUCUAGUUCUAGCCCUGCAACUUUAGGUAAUUGUGCUUUAGAUUGGUCAUUUCCCACUUCUAAUUCACAAGAUUCAACUCUCUUAACACUCUCCUAUUCUUUGCCCUGCUCUACCUAGUUCAGCUAUAGCCAAGAAUAGGUAAUCUAAUACUGCUUUAUUCCUGCUAGGGAACCCUAGUAAGUCUAUAAUUCUGACAAGUGAUGUUCUAAGGGAAAUUUAUUUAAUUGGCAUUCUGACUCAUAAGUGAAGAGUGUGAUUACCAUGACCACCAAGAAACAGAUGAUGUAUAAUGUAUAUUUUAAGGGAUUUAUUAGAGGGAUUGGACUUCACAUAAUUGUGGGAGCUGGUUAAACAGUCUCUGUAAGGCUGUUUUCUUUGCAUCUAAUGCUGGAGCUUAAAGUCUGCAGGGCAGGCAGUUGGGAAGGGAAGAUGGAUGUAAAGUGUGGGAGACGGAGGACACAUUGGAGCCCAUGAGCACAAGCUGGGACCCACAUGGAUUGCCUGGAACCUAUGUCAGUCUCUCAUCACCUCCUGCUUCAGUGAUGUGGGUGUCCUGCAGAAGAAGUUGGUGCCCUUCCUCACAGAGUUAAAUGUGCACCUGGCUCAGGAUUAGAGAGGCUGAAGGAAGAUCUCAGGGAAGGUGUAGCAGCUGCAGACCUGGCUGCAAGCCUCAGGGCUGCCCCACACCAAGGAGGUGAGCCUGCAGAUAAGUGACAGCAUGUGUGAACAGCAACAGCACUUUGGUGCCCCUGCACCAGCCUUCCAGCUGUAAACUAUGUUACUGCUUCACUUCUGCCCUUCAGUUAUCAGCCAGAAUGCCUCAUGUGGCCAUCCUAACCAGAAGGGAAGGGAGUUCUGGGAAGCAGCCAAGAUGAUGCGUUGCAAAGCUAACCUGCUGUGAAUCAGCUCCCAAGGGUCUCACUACUCAACUGACGAUAACUUGAUAAAACUACACUGCUGAAAACACAAAACUCAAGACAAAUUCUAUCAAGCCAGAACAAACUUGCUGGUCUUCAGCUAUUUUUGUCAUUCAUUCAGGUAUUAAGAACCUGGCCCAAAGUAGGCACUGUAUUUAAUACUGGGAUACAGAAAUGAGAAAAGAUAUGGUCCAUGCAGUUUUAUUAAAUGCAUCAAUAUAUAUAUUACAAGUGGUGAAUGGAUUUCCAAAUUUAUCAUAGAAUUUAAUGCUGAAAAUGUAAAAUUUAAGAAACUAAGGGGAGGCCAACCUUUGGGUAAAGAUUGUUGGGCACCGUAGAAAUUGGAAACAAUUAAGUAACUGUUCUCUAACUGUUCUAUUUUUGAAUUAUUUUUAAGGAGAUUUUUAUUGUCCUCUUUAUAGAUUUAUAUGCUUAGUGUUUCUUUGGGGAGUGACUUGAUGGUGAUAGCAGUGAUUGCCUCAAAGAAACUUGGUUAGUGGAUGGCAGGAUCAAAGUCAGUUCUAUCCAAGGACCCCCAAGAUGCAUCAUUUUCUAGGCCUCACAGGGUGGUUGGUGGCUAAAGGCUGAGGCGCUUUUGCUGCUGAUACGCACAUGGGCCCAGCCCUCCAAUCUCCUCAGGGCGAGGGAGCCUGCCAGCAGUCAGUCCCUCCUUAGGGUGAGACUUACCACAAAUGCCUCCCCCUGGACAGGGCCUGGAGGGAAGCAACUACCCCUUUCGAAGAGGUAAAGGACUAAAAUCGAACUGGAGUUAAAUAACCAGGCUCAUCCAGGGUGAGGGUGCUGCACGGUCAACUCAGGAACCAGCGCUGAGACAUCUGAGGGCAGCCGCCUGUCAGCAUCAAUUGGCUUCCCUGUCUGUCGCCUCCAAGAACUCAUCGGGACCCUCUGGGCUGCACAACCUCGAGAGCACCCAACUGGCAGCCCAAUCUCAGUGGCCUUUCCCAAACCCCGAGAGGAUGGAGGGCACAGCAUUUUCAUUGCCUCACUUCUCUGAGGGUAUAUGGGCUGGGGAGGUUCCCCUCAGACCCACCCCUACAGGCCAGUCAGUGCCUGGGAGACUUAAAGAUCAAGGAUCCGCCCCCCAGGACGUCUUCCAGUGAAUCCAGUAGACUUCCUAAUUUCUUUCUUUUUUGUUUGUUUCAGGCUACGUAAACUCUUAGCAGUAAAUGAAAAUGAGUAUUUUACGGAACUGCAAUUGAAAGAAGAAGCAUUAUAGGAGAAAAAUGAAUUAUUAAAAGAUUAUUAAAAGAGAAGAAAGACAUUAUUUUGUGGCUGAAAAGCUGAACCAGCAAUUCAGGAUAUGGAAUUCAAAUCUAGAAAUGUACCACAUAGAAAACCGAAGUGGGUGAACUACAAAUGAUUAAGGAAUGCUAAUUUACAGUAUACUGCGGCCUUAAGAAAGUAUACACAGUUUGUACUUUGGUUACUGGUAUACCUUCAUAACUGGCGUAGUUACUGGUUUUUCCCUACUUGCUCUGGUGUUCUAUGCUCAACCUCACUUUAGAAUGGGAAUGCCAAAGAGUCAUUCUUAAUUGGCUUUUAUGUAUUAACUACCUUCAUGCUCUUGAGGGGAAAUACAAAUGUGGCUUCUACCUGUGCUGAGGUCUCUGCCAGAUCCAGUUCCUGAUCUGUGUUGCAGUUCUGCCAGGGAUCCUGAUUCUCAGGAAAUGAUCACCUGGACUUCUGAAUUUGCAUCCUGACCCAGGUCCACUGUGAUUCCUUGAUUCAGACUCUUUUUGGUCUUUUUUUUGCCCAGCCAGGUAAUGCCACUGCCCCACCAGCUCAUUUGAUCUGCCCCCCUUCCUAAGAAAAUCCUAAGUGUAAACCCUGGUUUCUGCCCAGUGCAGUAGGAAAAUUUUAUUAACAGAUUAUUAUUACUGGUUGGGUAGUUUGAUAAAGCACUUUGGCUCCCUGAGCCUUAAUCCACUACGCUCUAAAUGAGGAUAAUAUCUGCUGUUCUGUCAACUCUGUAAGAUAUUUGUCAAGCUCCAAGGUUGUAUCUGUAAAAAUACCUUGCAAAUUGUAAAAAAACAAAAAGCUACACAAAUA